UUCAGAACUGUAUCAGACUGAACUUUGCUGAUAUGAAAGAACAGUAGGUGGAGUUAGAGAGCAAGUUCUGGAGUCUUGCUCAUUCAGUUGCUGUCCAAGCAGGAGGCUGAGGAAGUUAGAAGGAUGCUGAGGGCUCGUCGCUCUACCAGCCCCGUCAAAGGGGCAUCAACCCACAGGAGUCCAACCAGACACUCACCUGUUAAAAGUGGCACUUAUGACUCAGAGCUGAUAAGGGUUUUACGAGAAAGAGAUGAGCUGCAAAACAUGUUGGAGAAGUACGAGCGCCACCUCUCAGAGACCCAGGGCAACGUUAAAGUGCUCACAGCUGAACGGGACAAAACCAGAAUGCACUACCAGCAGGCUCAAGAGGAAAUAGCUGCUCUACGGCGAGAAGUGAUGAAGUCAAAGGCGGCGCGAGGGCCCAAGAACAGUGUGACCGCUCAGAGUAUCCUAAAACGACUGGAAGCUGAACGGGAUGAGGCUACAUCGGACCUCCACCGCAUGUCUACAGAGAGAGAUAGUCUGCGAGAGAGACUCAAGAUCUCUCAGGAGACGGCCAUCAGUGAGAGAGCUCACCUGGAGCAGAGGGUGGAGGACCUGCAGGCUGCUGUACUCACACUGGAGCAGGAGCGGGGGGACCAGAAGGGCAGGCAAGUUGAGAUGAGGGAGACUAUGAUUGGUCUGGAGGAGGAAGUUCACACAAUUGGCCGAAAACUCAACGCCAGCGAUGAGGAGCUCAGCCGUCUGCGGAAUGAGUGCAGUAGUCUCAGACUGUCAAACAGUCAGAUGGAAAGCUCUCUGAGUGAGAAUCAAUGGAGACUGACCAGCAGGACUGGAGAGCUGCAAAACAUUCAGGAGAAAAACAAAUUGCUGGAUGAGAAGAAUGAGUCUCUGGUGAGGCAGGUGACUGCUCUGCAGGAAGAUGUUAGCACACUGCAGGGUAGAAUCUCAGAGCUGGACCAGCAAAGAAACACACUGCAGGUGCAGCUAGGGAAGAAGACUGAUCUGCUCUGCACAGCAAAUAACCAGCUGAAUGAGAAGGAGAAAACCAUCAGGGGUUUGAAGCUGAGAUCUGAGGAUCUUGAGACAACUCUGAUAGCUCAGAAGGAGACAGUGAUUGGCAAAGAAAGAGAGCUGGAUGUUCUGAAGAGGAAGAUGUCAGACUCUGAAAAAGAGGUGGUUGCAAUGAUGAAAGUCAAAGAUGCCUUGUUGAAGGAGAAUAUUAAGCUCAGGGACGACCAUGACAAAGCACAUCUGGACAAGCAGGCUCUACAGCUCAAGCUGGAGAAAGCUAAUCAGGAAAUAGAAUACUUGCAGGGAAAAGUACAUGAUCACAUUGCUGACAUCUCACGCACUGAAGAUCUGCUGUCUGUUAAGGUUGAGUCACUUAAACAAAAGGAGGGUGAGUGCAGGGAUCUGCAAGAGUCUCGAAGGAAAGCAUCUGUUCAGGUGGAGAGCUUGGAAAAACAGGCCAGACAGGCUGAAACCACCAUCACUGAACUCCGUCUUGAGCUUUGCAACUCUAACUCAGAGAUACUUCGUCUCAAAGAAAGAGCAGGCAGCUUAGAGAGCAGCCUGCAAGAGGCAUUGAGUGCAGAGCGAAGCUGUAAUAGUCAGCUGUCUCAGCUGAAUCUAAAGCUCAUUCAUUUGGAGGACGAUUUCCGGCAGGCCCAGACUGAGCACACACAGGUGCAGUCUGACCUGGAAAAAACAAGAGAACUCUGCAUCAAACUGGAUGCCAGCAAAGAGGCUGUGCAGCAUGAGCUGGAGUCAUGCCGUUCUGAGAUGGAACAGUUUCAGAAGCAGCUGGCCAGUGAACGUCUCUCUGUUCAGAGUCUGGAGAGCCUGCUGGUGUCUGCACGAGAAAAGGAGCUACAGAGACAACUCACUUCUCAGGAAAGACAGACUGAAAUACAAAUAUUGAAAGACAAACUCAGCAUGGCUGACAGCAAAGUGAGCUGUCAGAGUAGGGAAAUGGCUCAGCUGAGGACACGAUCAGCCGAGCUGGAGGGAGAUCUUGAGAUGACAAAGAGACACCUGUCCACUGAGUGCUAUGAGAGGGAGCGUGCAGUACAGGAGCUGCACAGGCAGGGUCUCUCAGCGAUAUAUCCUGUCCUUUCCUCCACUAUGCGCUCCUUAUCCCCUUCCCGUCAUCGCUUUCUGAGCCCUCAUAAAUCCUGGUCUCCAGAACGCUCUGAUCACAACUCAUCUGACUCUCUGCUUGUGUCACACCACCCCAACAGGAGUCAGACUUUCACAGAUCUUUACGGCUGAGAAGCUCUCAUUGCACAAAUCAUCCAUGUUUUGGCUGGAUUCUGCCUUAAGAAAAUCAAUAGACACUGAUGCGAUCAGAUUUACUGUGAUAUCUUGGUCAUGUGUUUCACUUAAGCAAUUAAUGUAUCUAAAUUUUACUGUAUUGAGAAUUUCUGUGUUUGUCAUUAAAGCACACAGAAUUUAAGUUGUAAAUUGUUUGGGAGUGGUUUGAUGAUAAUUAUAUAUGUUUCUGCUUUAUUCAUUUAAUAGAAUUUGUAUUUAUUAAAAUGCAUUUGUAUGUAUUUUGUAUAAAGACAUCAGGACAGCUGUGAAGAUGCCAGUGUGCUUGAAUGUAAACAAAUGCUGCACAAUGAGAAGUGUUUUUCACUAUGCUUUUGCAUCUAUUAGCAUGAAUAAUUCCAGAAAACUGCACUUCACAAGAAUAAUGUU